AUGUACAAUUCUUCUUCACUCAACAUUAACGACGAAAAUGUUGAACAACAAUUAUCUCAAGAAUAUUCAGAUAAAUCAUAUCAUGAUAUGCAACCGGCAUCUUUCGUAUCAAUUUCACAAUCAACAGUUGAUAUCAAUCAUCAAGGUUCAUCAUCAUUUCGUGUACGUGAUCCACCGUUUGAUAUUCAUCGACCUACCAACCAACCAUUAUCUUCGAUAUACAAUUCAAUCACAAGCAGCGAUAAUAAUUAUGUAGCACCUGUUACAUCAACAGAAUUACCAGCUAAAAAACGUCGAACUGCUCCUGGUACAUUAGUUGCUCCAUCAACUGCACCACUUCCUCGUAAACGAUUUAAUCCAGCUGUUCAAAGUACAGCAGCAGCAGCAAUGAUGAAUAAUGUUGCUGGUGGUGAAAAUACACUUAGUUCAAGAACAGUGGCUGCAGCGACAAAAUCCAUUUCUGAAACAACACAAAAUGGUUAUUUGUAUAAUAAAGAUGUUUUCUUUCGUACUGCAUAUGGUGAAACAGCAUCAUUUAAUGAUUUAGCUUCAGGAGAAUUUGAUCUUCUUUUAACUUUUAUUGCUCGAAUUCAUCAAAUAAAUGUUGCAUCUGUCAUUUCAGACAGUCAAUCAAUCAAGAACUCUUUACAACAAAUGAAACACGACAACAACAAAAAAAACUCCUCGACCAGAUCAUCCAUUACACUAUCAAAACGAGAAAUUUCGACAACAGUUCAACCAUCAUCAUUAUCGAAUAAAGAACAUGAUGAUGAUGACGACGACGACGAUGAACUUUGA